GGCCUUUAAAGCGACUGUAUGUGACAGAUCCGGUAGUGAACAUACACAUCUGAAGUAUAACAGUCUUUCGUCCUGGAUUGUUCUUGUAUUAUGCUUCAUAAUGUCUCCUGCAAACGCCACAAUGCAAGACGAGACUGACACAGAGAUCCCUGCCGUGAAUGUCUGAAAUGAAGUAAUAGAAUAAAUCAUACAUGCUGGCCGACCUCUGGGAACUGGUCCUGGUGGCCCUCUUGGAGACCCACAUCCAUGUCCUUAUUGAAAAGUGCAGAGGCAAAAAUUAUUGCCUGUAUCAAGAAUAACGUUUGGUCCAGAUUUGUGACUUUGCCCAAUCAAAACAGAAUAUGGACCCUUAAAGUCACCAAUAAGACCGCACUCAAACAUAAAGACCAAGCCGCUCAGACGCCCCUAGUGAUGAUCCACGGGUUUGGAGGGGGGGUCGGCCUCUGGAUCCGUAACUUGGACGCAUUGUGUCAUUCUCGACCCGUCUACGCCAUUGACCUGCUGGGCUUCGGGCGCAGUUCUCGCCCGGCAUUCCCAUCUGAAGCCUCAUUGGCCGAAGAGCAGUUCGUUAAUUCAAUAGAGCAAUGGAGACAAUCACUGGGGCUGGAACGCAUGAUCCUAUUGGGCCACAGCCUGGGUGGUUACCUAGCAACGUCCUAUACCAUUCAAUAUCCAGAAAGAGUCAGUCACCUGAUCCUGGUGGACGCGUGGGGUUUCCCUGAGAGACCCCAGCCUCAGUCACAGGACUCAGGAGGUCAAGGGUCAGAGCUGAAAAGGGUAUCGCCACCUCGCUGGGUGAAGGCUCUUGCUUCAGUGUUCAGCCUGUUCAACCCACUGGCCGUCAUCAGAGCAGCUGGACCCUGGGGUCCGGGGCUGGUGAACCGAUUCCGUCCUGACUUCAAGAGGAAGUUUGAGGGUCUGUUUGAUGACGACACCAUGACACAAUACAUUUACCACUGUAACGCCCAGAGCCCGAGUGGUGAGGUGGGUUUCAAAGCCAUGUCUGAGUCUCUCGGCUGGGCCAAAAGGCCUAUGGUUCAGCGUGUGAACCUGCUGCCACCAUCGACACCUGUCAGCAUGCUCUACGGAUCGCUCUCAUGGGUGGACAGCUCGACUGGAGACACUGUCACUCAGAUCAGAGGCAAAAGCCUCACCAGUGUCACGAUGAUUGAAGAUGCUUCCCAUCACGUCUACGCCGAUCAGCCGGACGAGUUCAACCGAGUCGUUGAGAAUAUCUGUAAUACGGUAGACUGAAUAUGGUCAGACAGGAUGGACAUUGAUUUGUGUGUUGGCAUUUCUAUCUUUGAAAGAGGUCUGUCCUGUGUUUGUGGGAUGAUCAGAUUGAUAGAAACAUGUAAAGGCAAAGCUGUUCUCAGACCUUGUCACUUCAUAAUCAAAUUGUAUUGUUUGUGGCCUUUAACGUGGAAAAGCUCAAUGACUGUACUGCAGAAUUUAAUGUAAGCUGGUUGUAUUUGUAUUUUCUAACCUAUAUUUUAUUCAGUUUUCUUGUUUAGCAUGCACUGAGACAGUCGUGCUACCUGUGCCAUGAAUGCAUUGACAAUGUUUGGACGGUCAUAUUGACUAAGAGAUGUUUCAUAAUUAUUUCAUUCUGCAUUAUAAACGGUUGUCUGUAUUUUAUAACGUGCAUAUCUCAAUACAAGGCUGUACCUUUAA